UUCCUUUGGUUGGGCGAAGAACGUGCAAACCAAUACUUGAUCCAGCUCUUUGCACUCCAACAUAAUGGGUGAAAGACCGCAUACGGAUGCAGAAAAGAGACGGCAGAUCUCUAUGAGAAAGCUGCCAGUCAUCGAAGGAGUGAAUGACUUGAAAGAAUCGUUCAAUCGCCAUCUACAUUACUCGUUAGUCAAGGAUCGAAACGUGGCAACAAGAAGGGACUACUACCUUGCGCUAGCUCACACUGUCAAGGACCAUCUGGUUGGAAAAUGGAUACGAACACAGCAAACCUACUACGAGAAGGACCCUAAGAGAGUAUAUUAUCUAUCACUGGAAUACUAUAUGGGUAGAGCUCUCAGUAAUACUAUGAUUAACCUUGGUAUGCAAGGCGAAUGUGAUGAAGCUCUUUAUCAGAUGGGUCUAGAGAUGGAAGAACUUGAGGAGGUAGAAGAAGAUGCAGGUUUGGGAAAUGGUGGACUGGGUCGACUAGCUGCUUGUUUCCUUGAUUCCUUGGCAACGCUGGGUUACCCUGCAUACGGUUACGGCAUUAGAUAUGAUUAUGGUAUCUUUAAACAAGCUAUCGAUGACAAAGGAAACCAGGUUGAGUUGCCUGAUGAUUGGUUAAAAUUCGGCAAUCCAUGGGAAAAGGAACGACCAGAAUACAUGAUACCAAUCCAUUUCUACGGCAAGAUAGAACAUGACGAGAAUGGGAAAGAGAAGUGGGUCCAUCCACAGAUCGUAUAUGCCAUGCCGUAUGACCAGCCAAUACCUGGGUAUUGUAACAAUACUUGUAACACCAUGAGGCUCUGGUCUGCCAAGUCUUCCAAAGAGUUUGAUCUUUCUUACUUCAAUGAUGGUGACUACAUCAAAGCUGUUUGUGAUAGAAACCAUGCUGAGAACAUCUCUAGAGUACUCUACCCUAAUGAUAAUUUUUUUGAGGGCAAGGAGUUGAGACUCAAACAGGAGUACUUAAUGGUGUCAGCCACACUACAAGACAUUGUAAGGCGUUACAAGGCCUCAAAGUAUGGUGAAAAAACUCCUACUAGGAAUGGUUUUUCACAUUUUGCAGAUAAGGUUGCUAUCCAGUUGAAUGACACCCAUCCAUCACUAGCUAUUCCUGAACUAAUGAGAAUCUUUAUAGAUGUAGAAGGGUUGUCUUGGGAUGAGGCAUGGAAGAUCUGUGUUGAUACAUUUGGGUACACCAAUCACACUCUGUUACCUGAAGCUCUAGAAAGAUGGCCUGUAAGCAUGCUAGAGUAUAUCCUUCCUAGACACUUGAACAUCAUCUAUAACAUCAAUUCAAAGCAUUUGGAGACUGUGAUUCAGAAAUGGCCAGGAGACCUUGAUCGCUUGAGGAGGAUGUCUCUAGUAGAAGAAGGUCAUGAGAAAAAGAUCAACAUGGCAUUUUUGUGUAUUGUUGGUUCACAUGCUGUUAAUGGUGUAGCUGCUCUCCACUCUCAGCUCCUCAAGGAGGGCAUGUUCAAGGACUUUUAUGAACUCAGCCCUGAAAAGUUUCAGAAUAAGACCAAUGGAGUGACUCCUCGUCGUUGGCUUCUCAUGUGUAAUCCUGGUCUAUCUGACCUUAUAUGUGAGAAAAUUGGUGAAACUUGGAUUACUGACUUAUUUGAACUCAAGAAGUUGACCCAAUUUGUUGAUGAUAAAAGCUUUUUGCAUGCUUUCAUGAGGGCAAAACAGGAAAACAAGAUUCGUCUGGCUGCGCACAUCAAAUCUGAGUUCAAAGUAGAUGUCAAUGUCAAUUCUAUUUUUGAUAUUCAAGUCAAGAGAAUCCAUGAAUACAAGCGACAGCUCAUGACAUGUUUUCAUGUCAUUAUCUUAUACAAUCGUUUGAAGGCCAACCCAAACAUGUCAUUUGUUCCUCGAACUGUCAUGAUUGGAGGAAAGGCUGCUCCAGGAUAUCACAUGGCCAAACUAAUCAUCAAGCUUAUAAACUGUGUUGCAAGAGUGGUCAACAAUGAUCCUAUUAUUGGAGACAAACUGAAGUUUGUGUUCCUUGAGAACUAUAGAGUAUCCUUCGCAGAAAAGGUCAUCCCAGCUGCAGACCUUUCAGAACAGAUCUCUCUUGCUGGUACAGAAGCAUCUGGUACUGGAAACAUGAAAUUCAUGAUGAAUGGUGCCCUAACUAUUGGGACAUUGGAUGGUGCCAAUGUAGAAAUGUUAGAAGAAAUGGGCAAAGAAAACAUGUUCAUCUUUGGAAUGACAGUGAAAGAGGUUGAGAAACUUAGAAGAGAAGGGUACAACCCCCAAAAUUACUAUAACAGUAAUCAUGAGCUUAGAAAGGCCUUGGAUCAGAUCAGAGACAACCACUUUUCUCCACGUGAACAUGGUGUAUUCCAAGACAUCUACAACUCCAUGGUCUACCAUGACAGGUUCUUACUGAUGGCAGACUUUGAUGCUUAUCUCAAGUGCCAGGAACAAGUCAGUGAGACUUAUAAGAGUCCCAAGAAGUGGUACACGAUGGCUUUAAUGAAUGUAGCAUCAUCAGGGAAGUUCUCAUCAGACCGUACCAUCAAACAGUAUGCCGAAGAGAUCUGGAAUGCUAAAGCUGUCAGUGCAUCUGACAUGAAACCAGUUGCUGUCAAGUGAAAAGAACUCCAUCUAGCUGUAAAUCGUUAUUCAUGUGAAGGUUGAUAAUUUUGUAAAGAUGAACAAAUAGAAAGAAAAGUGGAAGAAUGGAAAUUACAAAAGUAUAAGUAUUCCACUCAUCAAAAAACGUGGAUUAUUUCUAUCUCAGAUUCUUCAAUAGGAAUGUUUAUUAAUUUACCAAAGGUUUUGUGGAGAAUGUUUACAAUCUUUGAAUAACCUCUUUCAAAUUUCUGACUCAUUAUUGUUUUUCUAGUUUUUGAAGCGACUAAAAAAUUUAGGGCUGCUACUCGAAAAAAUGUAAAGGUAAAAUGUCAUUUAAACUAACAUGGAUUUUGAUAUUCACUUUAUUGUCCUCUAUUGCAAUUUUCAAUUAAGUUGUUUCAUGUUGUAUUUUAUGGUUAGGUUUAAAUGUUAAAACAUUAAAGCAGAAUGAUUAUGUAGAAUAGGAUUAAAUUAUCACAUUGUGAUAGACAGUUACAACUGAAUAAAAUAAUAAAAGUAAUAAAUGCA